UACUCCGCCUCCGCCGCCGCCGCGGCGUUGUACACAGUUUACAGAAAAUAGAAAAGUUGAAAUGCUUCGUCCGAAACUAGCCUCCCGCAAGCCGCCGCCUCCGUCGGUGCGCCGCUGCUGCACCGACGGCAGCGUUUCGGAUCCUCAUUCCCACAUUCUUAGUAGAGAAUCGAUGAUAUGCAUUAGAAAGGAGAGGCCAACAAACAUAGAAUCCCUCCACACAGAGCUAUUGUUUGAAAUCCUCCUCCGUUUGCCGGCCGAUCAUCUCUACGAGAGAGCGAGGCUCGUGUGCCGGCGGUGGUGCCACAUUAUCCAUUCUCAUGCCUUCAUCAACGCGCAGAUGCACGGUGCUACCUAUGGACUCCUCCUAUCACCCCUAAAUCAUAAUAAUACUCUGCCGCUUUAUGUAACAGCUGACGCUGAUGGUGGAAUCCACACAUCUGAGCUAAAUCACAUCUCCGAAUUGGGAGUUCUUGCUACCUGCAACGGUCUGGAGUUGGAAGGUAACUUCCCUCGUCUUGUGAUUGUGAAUCCUGCAACGAAGCAGUCAUUCCACCUCCCACCAUUGCCUACAGGCUUUGUUGCCUGUGGCCUGCUCCUGUAUGGUUUUGCAUACUCUGCAGCCUCCUUGGCUUAUAAAGUGAUUCGACCAGCCUUUGUUCGCCACUAUGAACCACAAGCACGAGAGGACUUCCAUCUCGACGUGCUCACUGUUGGAUUCACCACUUACCCGAAUUUCUCAGGCGAAGUCUCCUCCAGCAGACUCCCUUGACUAGUGAAGGUUUCGUACACUGGGGAUGGUGGAGAUACUGCCUUACGAUGGAUGUGGAGACGGAGAUCAUUACACUGAGUAAAGCCCCUUACGAGCACCAUGAUCGCGACUAUUAUUAUCUGUCGACUGGGAGGUGUGUGUCGCUCCUGGUUGCGUGUGGGGAUCUGUCGUGGGAGGUUUGGGAGAUGAAGGCAGAGACGGGCGAGUGGAGGAAGGCGCUGCCCAACGUCGACUUGAGAGCUCAGAAAUGCAGGAUUCAAAGCUUUGCUCCUGAAGAUGCUCCUCGAGUUCUUAAGCCACUUGGUUGGGUUAAAUAUCCACAUGUUUUGUUUUAGGGUUAAUUUGUUCUUAAGCCUCAAGUCUACGAGGCUACAAAUGAUAGU